CGGUCCUGGACCUGCCGUCCCAGAUGUCUCAGCCAGGACCAGCGCACCGCAUGGCCAUGGGCACCAAAGCUGGUGCCCUGGCGAGCCUGGGCCUCACCCUCCUCCUGUGCCUGGCUGCCCACUGCUCCCCGCCCUGGGCUAAGGGUGUCCCCCAGGGGGAGCUGGACGCUGGCGAGGACAGCCUGGGGGCGGGGGCCGACGCGUCCGUCCUGCAGGGCUUCUGCGGCCAGCCCGCCUGCCAGCUGCCCCGGGACCAGCUCUCAGCCCUCCUCAGGAGCCUGGCCUCGCGGCAGGUGCCCCUCAAGGCCUGGCAGCUCAGCUGCUUGGCCAGCCUCGCCGCCCAGCACCGCCUGCAGGACGACUUCCUGCUGCACCCGCCCGACCUCCUGCUCUUCUACAACCUGAGCCAGGUGAGGGACGCCGACUGCCGGGCCUUCACCGGCCGCGCCGCCCAGGGGCACACGGAGCUGCUGGCCAACCUGCCCGACCAGAGGGCCGCCCUGCAGCACAUGGCCUUGGCCUGCCUGGGGGGGCCGCCGCUGCGGCUCAGCGCCGUGGACCUGGAGCUCCUCGGGGCCCUCGUGUGCGACAUGGACGCAGCCAGCAUCCUGGCCGCAGACCCCCGCGUGCUGCAGAACCUGCGACGCUGCCCCCGGCUGACCACGGCCCAGGGGGCCGCCCUCAACGGCCUGCUGGCCAGCGGGAGGACCUACCUUGGGCCCCCUGAAACCUGGAACCUAGAGGGGCUGUGGGCGCUGGGACCCCUGGCCUUGCACAUCCGCCCCUGCCUGUGGGUGCAGGUGCCAAAGGCCGUGUGCCUGGGCUUCUUCCGCAGCGUGGUGGCCGCGAGCCGGGCAGGGCGGCUCAGCCAGCGAGAGGCCGGGCGCUUCGUCGCCAGCUUCCUGCAGUCCAGGGCCACCUCCGGGCUCGCGAGGCCCAGGCGCGGCACAGGCCGGCCCUGCGUGCACGGCAACCUCACUGCGGCCGCGCUGAGGGACGACCUCCUCCUGGUGCGCUACGACUGCGCCCAGCUCCAGGCCUGCCUGGACGGCCGGGUGCUCAGGGCCGGCCUGGACGCCCUGCUGCAGCAGCCGCUGCCCGCCGAGUGCCAGCACGUCGUCAAGGCCAAGCUCGCCCAGAUCUACCCCGGGGGCGUGCCCGAGGACCAGCUGCCCCGCAUCACCUCGCUGGUCUACCUCUACUCCCUUGCCGAGAUUGGCCAGUGGAACAUCACGUCCAGAGACACCGUCCAGACCCUGCUGGCCCCUGACGUGGCCCUGGAGAACCAGACAGAGGCCGUCCUGCAGAGGUUCCUGGACCACAACGGCACGGUCACGGGCGCCCUGCUUGUGGCCAUCGGGGGCUGCCGCCUGUGCUGGAUGGGGGCCCAGCAGAUCCAGGCCAUCGGGCCCGCAGAGUUCCGGCUGGCCGGGGCGCUGGACGUCUCCUGCUGCGCGCAGAACCAGAAAAACGCGCUCUUUGCCAAGGCGCGCGAGGCCUUCGGCAGCACCAGGACGGCCGCGGCCUACUACCGCUUCAUCCGCCCCUACCUGGGCGGCGCCCCGGUGGAGGAGCUGCAGCGCCUGGCGCAGGCCAACGUCUCCAUGGACAUCGACACCUUCGCCAGCCUGAACCCCAGUGUGCUGCAGAGCCUCAGCGUCAGCAGCGUCGCCACCCUGCUGGGCCAGAACGUGGGCGACCUGCAGAAGGCCCGCAGCCACCCGGCCAUCCGCAGCUGGCUGCGCGGCCUCAACACGUCGGCCCUGAGCCAGCUGGGCCUGCGCGCCGACCCCACCGGCCCCUCGGACCCCGCGGCCCCGACGCAGGGGCGCCCCCACACCAGCGCCCUGGCGCCAGGGCCAGCGCACCUGCCGGGCCGGCCGGACAGCGCCGCAGCGCCUGCCUCGGGCAGCCCGCCCGCCCGGCCAUGCCCGCUGCUCGCCGCUGCGCUGCCCUCCGGCCUCCUGUGGCUGCUGCUCUCGGCCUCUCCCAGCGAGGGGGCUGGCUCGCGCGGCCGGGCGCCCAGGCCUCACACGCAGGGACGGCGGGGCCUCUGGCUGCGCUGGGUGCCCCGCACCCCCAUCUCCCGGGAGCCCCGGGGACCUGAACCCAUGCAGCCAGGAGGCCGCGCGGUGGGCUAG